CAUGUCGCCAUAUUUGCUGUUUUUUCGCUUUUGUCGACCUACAUCCUUUGUCUGUUUUCAUAUUGACAGUUGCGUUGACGAUGAAUUUCGUUCCUGAUUCCCUAUUUCUAUUCAACUGAGCGCAUUGCUGAUAUGUAGCGCUUCUAAAAGUUAUGGAAAUGGUGGCGAACACGCUUCACCUUGAUCAAGUUGGCCGUGUUCCUAAACGGAGUGCAUCACCGAGAAUUCUAACACAUUUUGUGGAAGGAUUUGUCAUUCAAGAAAGCAACUAUCCCUUUACGGUAAGCCCGAUCUCUAUCAUGUCAGGUAGAGUUACAUCGACUUUCAGUUCAGUGAAUUCUUGAAGCUAAUGUGUUGUAUGAUCACAUUCAUUGUCUGCAGGGUUGUGGUAUACAUACAUAUGUUUGCUUGAUCUUAUCUUAAUUUUCUGCCGAUUGCACAAGUUCUUUUAGAGGGUGAUGAUCCAAACGAUCGUGUGAUAUGAUGAUUGCUUUUCUUUGAUUCUAUUCCACUAAUAUUGUGCAUCUAUCGUAUUUGAAAAAAUUGAUUCAAUGGAUUGUACUUUGCGGUGCUAAAAAGUACAAAUCACGCACACCAUUGAUUACUUGCACAUAUUUACAAGUGAUUAAAAGUUUGAAGGCGCUUUGAUAUGAUAGACUUGCAGUGUAGUUUUGAAUGAUGGCAUCAUCUUAUUUUGUGAUAACAGAGACCAUUUCUAUCUAGGAAGACCAAAACCAAAAUAAUCAUAAAAGACCAUCAGGACUAAGAAAGCAUUUUAAGGAACUUAUGACAACUAAAAGUUAAAACAAGCAAACUGCUUGAAGAGUGGGGGCACAUGACACCCACCUAAUGUCAAAUACUAAUGAUCAAAACAUCCUUUCAGAUGAUGUAAAUUACAUCUCACUUGGCAAGCCAUUCUUGCAUGCAGGCAUCUAAAUUUAAAUCCACCUAACAUGAUCUCAUUGCCUUAGCUAGUUCAUGGCAAACUGUUCUAUCAAGAGUGGCCACUAUUUAGCUUAAGAUCUUUUUUACAGUGAGAAUUCUUCACCAUGUGAAAUUUAUAGAGCAUCAGAAAAUGUGGCUUGAGUUUGCCACUUAUGAACAAUUCAAGACAACUGUCUUAGAGCAGCGUAUGUCACACACUCACAUUUUGGCUGUUGCUGGUUCAAAUUUCUCCCACUCACUUGCAAUAAUCAUUUUGCUUAACAUCAUCAAAUUUGUGAAACCACAGAAUGAAAUUAACGGCCUACCAGGCGUGGGGAAAUUUAAACCAUUUGAAAGGAUACCUGGGAUCAGUGGUAACUACUCAGUAGACUCUGGAAACAAUAAACACAGGAGUUGUUUGUGGAAAAUUGGUCAGUGUCAUUGACAACUGCCCUUUCCAGGAAAAUCCUUGUUUGAUUGAUUUGGAGUUCACCAGACCAACAACAACAAGAAAUUAGUCUGUCCACACUAUCGAUAGUCCCACAUGAUCUCUGAAUCAAAAGUAAUUUAAAAAUUGCAUAGUGGAGUGUGGCCAGAACCAAUCUAUAAGCUCUAUUCCACUUAAUACUUCCAAAAUUUCUGAUCAGCCUUCCUUUUAGAACCUUAACACCAGUAGUCUAGUUAGCUUAACAAAAUGUCUUGUUAUACUUCAUCAAUACAUAUAAAAUUGUGAGCUACAUACUCACCCCAGCCGAUGAUCCUGAAAGUUGAGAGCCACAGAAGUAUUUUCGUGGUCAAUAAGGAUGAGAUGUCUUAGUAUUACCAAUGUUGUUAACAUGAACUCUGUUCACCCUUACUAUCUAGUCUGGAGAUGACGUGGAAGAAAUUAAUCAAAACCAGCUGAAUGGCAAUCAAAAUUAUGAGAAUGGAGACAUUGAUAUGGAAGCUGGAUUUGAGGGUAUGUCUAAACUUAGUGUCUAUUGGAUGAAAAAUAUAUAUAUUUUGUAACCCUUUUGCAAUCAUGGCAUUUUUCCAUGAAAUAUCAGUAUCCCUCUCACAGUAGAUUUUUGGUUUUAGCCCCCAAAUCAGCCCCUCCAGAAUUUCUAGGCUGGCUUUAAAAUUCCUUUUAAAACUUUGCCUCAACCCCUAGCAUCCCUUACAGUUUCUAAAUAAACAUUCAUAAUUGAAUAUUGAUUUAUUUUAAAGCACACAUUGAGAAUAAUAUUCUAAUUUUUAAACUCUUCUUUGACCUUAUGUUUCUAGGAUUUCUUGGUUGUUACCUAAGCACACUUUUAAGCAAAGAAAUGAUCUUCCUAUGUUUACUACAAUUUAAGCAAUUGCCAAAAAGAAUCCUAGAAAAAUUCAGGCUUGGACAGGAUUCAAACACAUGCCUUCUAAAUGGCAGUUGGGCCCUACCCUUUGGUAAACCCAACACUAAAAGUGAUCUUGUUUCUUUAUGUACUUCAAAGUUAUGUUACAUCCUCUUUGCUAAUAAAAAGACAUUCACUUGUGACUACUUUUUUAGUGUUCAGUGGCAAACUUUAACAAUUGUUAUAUGAAAUUCAGUUUUUUUUCCAAAAAAUAAAUUCUGUUAACUGUUACCAAUCACCUUGAAAUUUUCCUCCUCCUCUUGUCUUUGUUUAGCUGAGAGCCCAUCAAGUAAUGACGAAGCUUUUAAUGACGUGUUUGUAGAAGAUUCUAACAUUGGACACUGUGAACAGUGCGGGUGCCUCACAGAAGUGAAUCAUCACCGAGGACCAAAGAGGUUCUGCUCAACGUCAUGUGCAAGAAGAUAUAGUGUAAGCUGCUCACGUAAAAUGGUAGCAUUUCAUGCUCGUAGCCAGGGUGGACGACACUCCAGUGCAAACUCAGAUCAUAGAAAGUUGUCAUAUUCCUUACCCAUGGUGAGUUCAAGUGAUUUUUGUGGUCAAAAUCACUCACCACCCAUUCACUUUGUUACUUCCCUUGUCACUAAGGCUAAGAUCCAUUCCAAAUAGGAAAUUUAUUGAAACAUAUGCAUCCAAAGCAGCAUUAAAAAAUUGUUCUUGUAAAAAUUUGAACUCUAUCCUGUGCACACUCUGAGAAGAGCAUAAAUGAGGAAUCAUUAACUAAACUAAAUUUCUUUAAAGAUGUUCUCUGUGUUACACUAUUCCUUAAUAAAUAACUUGACCAUGUCUAAAUUUCUCAUGCCAUUUAAAGUCCUUAACCCUUUCACUGCCACAAGUGACCAAGACAGAAUUUCUCCUUACAAUAUCAAUACAAUAUCAAGCAGGCAGGUGAUGAGAAUAGAGAAGACUAUCAAUUAUGGGAUUAUAGUUGAUCCAAUACCAAAUUCUCUGAACUAGCAUCAUAAGAAUUGUAUGGCAGAUAGUAAGGAGAAUUAUUAACUAGAUCUUGGGAAUGAAAGGGUUAAGUUUCUUCUUAACAAUCUUAUGCAUGUGUCAAGUGAACCUUUUAUAGUUGACAUUAAUAGAUCUACUUUGCUCUGAGGGAAGUUGUUGAAUAUGUUGUUAAAUGUUUAUCAUUUCACCAAUUCAGUCCUGCAAAAUAUACAUCUGAAGUAGCUUUCCUUAAACAUAUGUAAAUUUUUCUUGAGGGUCUGCACUUGUUAAUAUUUUUUUCUUGGGGGGGGGGGGGGGGAGAGAGACUAUCAUUGAAAGUAUUUUUAUGACAACAAGAUUAAAAGAACUUCCUUGAACAAAUGAUGGUUUUGCAUAAUUUUGAAAAAGAUUCAACAUUCAAUAAAAGAUUCAAUCUUAGGACAAAGUCAGCGAGAGUCCAGGUAUUUGACAUGGUCAAAAAAGUUUGAAGCCUGUUUUCUUACUGCAAAGCAAAAUUGAUAAGGAUGUUCAUGUUUACUAUCCACAACAACUACCCUGUGUAAUAUGUUUGAAUAAGUGAUAUUCUGUGCUGCUUUAUUUAUAGUAUUAUGAACAGCAGGCAGGUCCAUAUAUGGUGGAUGCCUCAAUUCAAGUAAAUGAGUUUGGUGAGUAAAGCCUUUUUCCUCUUUCUUUCAAUAAUUUAUGUCACUCGUAGUGUAAUUAGAGAACGUCACUGAAGAGGUUUGUUCAAGUUAAUGUUAAUUAAAGCUUGAUGGCGUAGCCUAUAUGUACACUCCCUUCCAUACAGAUUGGCUGGAGAAAAAUAGAAUUAAAACAAAUUGCGAAGGAAUGUUUUUAAACGCUCUGCAAUGGCGUUAGCCAUGGAGCCAUAUCUCUUUGGAUUUUAGCCUGCGUGUACCACUCUCUUGUGUGGAAUAUACUAAACACAGCCAUGGUCGAAGGUCAAACGCGCUGAAUUUACCUUGUCUUCUCGCCCACAGUUUUCGCGCGAUUGCUUUUCAUUUAUUUCUCAUUGCUCGACCUUCGAAGUUGGUGGAACGGUUAAUUAGCUCUCUGUGUGUUCGAGUGUUAAGAAUGCUGUUAAUUUUUUAGUGUGUCGGUGUUGAUUUAAACGGAAACUGGGUGAAGCUCAUUAAUACAGUUGCGCAGCGAUACAUUUGCUCAGUGAAUUCUCGAAUGCAUAACCGUUUAGAAGUCUGUUGUUAUUAUUGUAAGAAGUGCUCUGCUCUCUUUAGUGACUCAUCAGGAAUUUAUUUUAACCAGCGCUGUAAAAAAGUACUGAUUCAAAAUAUGCUCAUCUUCCCCAAGUUUUCUCCAUUAAAAAAAAAUUGAUUUUGCGCAUAUUUUAAACUGUGAAAAAGGUAUCUUGCAUAAUCUUCGAUUCUUGUUUGAAACUCCAAACAUUUGUUAUUACUUGUACGAGAUUUAAUUUGCUUUUAACGAUGCUAUCAUGACAUAACUAGUAUUCCACUAUUAACUUGAGACUUGAGAAUAAUUUAGUAAAUAUGCUCCUUUUUUUUCGUAUCCACGGCAAUGUAUCGAUGUUAGUUGGAAUGCCAUUUCUUCGUUUCGUCUGAGUUAUUCAUGAACGGUGCAAUAAAACUAUUGUGAUCCUGGCUUCCUAAUAUCAUAAAGACGGGUGCAUUGUAAGGUUAACGAAGCCACCGAGGUAACUUAAGAAAGAAAAAGUAACGUUUCAAAGAUGGGAAAUGAAAUGUCAGAUCGAAAGUCUAAGGCGAAAGCAGAGAUUCCUCGAAACGGCCCGGAUGGUGAGUCGAAAAAAACCGAAGAGGGAGAUCAAACAGGUGAAUAUUACUUGACCAUUUAUCUGCGUCAGUUGUUUGCUGUACCCUCAUUUAAAGUAAACGACGAAAAUGCUUUGGUCAGAUUUACUUCCUUCCGUAGCGAGUUAGGCGGGCUUGAAAUUUGCUUAGGGGGCGUGAUUCGUGUCAAGAGUGAAACCUGUGUCUAGUUUGUGGCGGCUAGCGUGGUGAAGGUGUGUGAAGAUGUGAAGAGUGUGCCCGACUGUUUGACAAUGUUUACAUGGUCGAUUUUUGUCAAUUCAGCCGUCAACUUGCAUAUUAAAGAUUUGAAUUAUUUUCCAUUUAAAAUGUAACGAUAUAAGGAGACAGGCCGAAAAUGCCUACAAAUUGUGUAACAUUGCCGUUUUUAGUCCUACUUUUAGACUGGUGAAUAAUGUACUCUCGGAUUAUUUAAUGAUAGUAGCCUUCUCCCCGAAGAUGGUCUUACCAGGAAAGAAGAUGACAUAAAACAGUUUAAAUGCGCAGAAAAUUAUUCAAGUAUGAUGUUAAAAUACUUUGUUUGUCAAGUGCUUCAGUGUAAAAGAACGAGAACACGCUUGAUGCUGUUUCAUUUUCAAAGCGUCUUUGGCCAUCAUUGACAAUAAAAUGAAAUUUUCGCUAAGAUAACUGAGGCUUGAGAUAGAUUAUAUAUUAAGGCGAUAUUUGGCAACUUCUUAUUCACUGAUAUCCCUUUUUGUUUAAUAUGAAGAGUUUUUUGGGAUACUACAUUAAAAUUGCCCAGUCAGCCAUUGUCACAUCAACUUGUAACCAUUGGCGACCGAGCGGAAUAACUGCGAUGAAAGUGUAAUUAGCGACAAAAACAAGGUUUUUAAUAAAAAUUUAGGAAUAUCGAAUUAGAGUGAAAUAAUUAUUAUGGGUGUGGGCGGCAAAGAGUCAAAAAGAACCGUGACAUGUAGGGGCUCGUUUCUCGAAAUACCCGGUAAGUUUGCGGGCCCAAAAACGUACUUUUUGUUUGCCAUGUUUCGUUCAAGAUCAAGAUAUUGAAAUUUUUUAAAUUUAAACAAUAGACAUCAGGACACGAAACAGAAUUAUCUGCUUUUUGAGCUAAAAAUGGACAAUUCUUCCUUAGAAUUAGAUUUAAAGAUAUUACUUCGGGUCUGAAAAGUUACUGGGACUUUCGAGAAACGAACCCCAGGUCAAGAUCAUAUGCUUUCGUCCUCAUCAAGGAAUACUUUGAUUGUCCUUCUUGCGCUGACUCAGGGUCACUGAGGCAUAAUUGUUUGGUCUAUGUUUUCAGCUGAUAAAGGAUAUUAGAAUUAAGAGCACGUUUGGGAGUGCUAAAACAUACUAUUAUGUCUUCUUGAAAAAUAGUGAGAGCAAAAAAAUUGAUUUGUGUGCAGAUUACGUACAUCGUGAAAAAAAAAUUAAAUUAAAAAUUAAAUAAUUUAAGGCUUGUGAACCACGAAGGUUGAAGAUUGUUUUUUUUUUUUUUUAAUUUUUUUUUUGGUACUGACCUCUUAAACAUGUCAUAAAAGUCAUCUACAAUCAUAACUGUCGACGGUUGGUGUUAAUUAUCAACUAUUCCGUCCCUAGUGGGCCCAAUAUCAUUUCAUUUCCUUUACCAUUAAAACAGACACAGUCCACCCACUAAACUUUGACUGGACGCGCAGCGAUGUGGAACCCCUGUGGUUGUAUGAACAUGUUGAAGCCGCCAAGUGGAAUGUAGAAGAAGUGGCUGCCUUCGUAAAGUGAGUACUAACUGCUGAAAUGGUAUUAUUUAGCACAAAAAUAUUGAUUGAUUUGGUAAUAAAUGUUCGCCUCUUUAAUUUUUGCCACACUAGCCCUACCAUCGCUUACGAUAAGUUUUACUGACUGUAAAGUCCGAAAGUCCAGCAAAGACUAAACAAUAUAAAACGUUGACAGUGAGAGAGAAGACAAAUGACAACCGAUCGACCCAAUAAAUGAGCAAUGUGUCCUGCUUGUUGACUUGAUUUUUCGAUGGUGUUUCCAAGCUGGGAAUCGUUGUUACUCCAUUUUCUCUAAUUAGACACAAUUUCAAAGUAUAGUCUUGGACACAAGCUUCAACAGUAAUUAUGGCCGAAGCUGUAAUUAAACAAUUAAGACCGCAAGAAGUUGCUCUGAGCGACAUGGAAACUAAAAAAUUCUUAGAUAUAAGGACAGGAUAUGACAGAAGCAAUUAUUUGUGCAUGCGCUCACCACUAGAUUUGCCGCGAAAACACGGAGUUGCCGUGUUUCACUGGCAAAACCCUGACGAGUCUGCUUGCGCUAGUUUUGACAAAGGUCUAAUGCUCGAAACGUCAGCUUUAGAAACUCUUUACGUUGGCUAAUUUACGUUAUGAACUCAGACGAAACACCAAAUCAUCUUUUAAACCCCGCAUCGACGCAACACCACAGUUUCUUUAGGAACUUUCCCUCUUUAUCCACAGUGUAUACAUGAGGCCGCUUAUGAAACAAAAUGGUGCAACACCUAGGCGUUCUUCAAUGAGCUUAACUAAUUUAGCUUAAAACUAACCACGUGAGUACUUUAGAGCGGUUGAACAGUUUUCGCAAAGCCAUAGCCGUGUUAUCUGAUUCUUCAUUUUCAUGCUGUAAUGCGCGUUGUUAUUUUUCUCAAGGUCCCUGAACGGUUGUUCUGAGUAUGCGGACUCAUUUGUGUCGCAAGAGAUUGACGGUCAGGCGCUGAUGCUCCUGCGUGAGGAACACAUGGUGGUCGCCAUGCACAUGAAGCUGGGUCCUGCGCUCAAAAUUGUUGCCAAUGUCAAUGCCAUGAAACGUGAAGCUCUUAAGGAACAUCAGUAGUUUUUAUUAGAUUUCCGAAACGUAUUUAUUUAACUGAGAAAAAGAUUCUCAGAGGCGAUGUUUUAUAGGAUCGAGCAAGGGGUUUUUUGGGAUAGUGUCAGUUUUCUUGCGCGUAGUGAAGGGAUGAAAAAUGUUACGCUUUGUUUGCUUACAGCAAGCAUUUAUCCUUUGCUAAUUGUCUCAACCAUUUGGACGUACUUCUUAGCUCUCGAGCUGAAAACAAUCGGUUAUUAAGAGUACCAAAUCAGUAAUAAAUCAGAGUUGUGCUAGCUCGCUCACUUGCUUCCCCGUCUAUCUCCUCCAUAAGGAAGGCGAAAGUUUACGACAAGAUACAUGUAUUUCAUUUGUUGCUAUUUAUAAGGGGAGUGUAUGGAUAACAAAAGAAAAGUGUUAAAAUAAGUUUUCCCAACUGCAUUACAAGAAUAGUUAAAGAAUCCAGUUCCCCUCUUGUUAAAAGUCGUCAUAAACGUUCGAAUACUCGUCAGCACUGUCCAGUCAGUGUCAUUUCUUUCCGGGUUGCCCCC